AUGUCCGAUGCGUAUCCAACGCCCCUGUUCCCUCGUCCGACGCACCGUCUCGACAAAAUCGAAGCGCACAUCUUUCUUGAUGAUUGCGCUGCCCUCCUGGCCGAUGACCAUCCAGAAAUGUUUACCAAACUCCUUGGUGCACUCGAAGCAUUCUAUAGAGACAGGGAUUGA